AAAAGGGGAGAAGCGGAGACAAGAUUGGAGAACGUAAGCCAGUCGGAAAGAGAGUGCUUUCUUCGUGAAUCGGUGACGGUGAAGGUCCUCGUAUAUAAGCAAGUGCUGGUAGUGCAAUUGUCAGUGUAACUCGUCCCAUCGGAAACACCUAUCUGCUUACACCUACGAACCGGAUGACAAUGUGGCGAAUAUUCUUAUUCACCUUGACUGUGGCCGCCGCGAGAGCCUCUCAUUUUUCAUCCCUGGAAGGGCAUGGUCUUGUCAGUGAACCAAAGCUUAUCUCUCAAUCGGUUCAUCUGAAGGAAAUACCGACGAAGAUCAUCAAAGUCACAAAGACUGCUGUUGUCAAAGUUCCAGUCCCUUAUCCAGUCAAGGUACCCCAUCAUAUACCUGUUCCGGUGCCAGUAAACCAUCCUAUCGCAGUUCCGUAUACGAAGCUAGUGAAAGUCCAGGAACACGUGCCAGUCGAGGUAUCCAAGCCGGUUCCGGUUCCGAUUCAUCAGCAAAUACCGGUGGUGGUGCCAAAGGCUGUCCCGGUACCACAACCGAUUCCGGUUCCUCAUCCGGUAACAGUGAAUAAGCCUGUCUUCUACCCAGUACCACACCCGAUUCCAUAUCAGGCGAGUAGCCAUUCCGAGGGUGGCAUCGGUGGCGGAGUUGGUGGGUACGAUUCCGAAGGUCAUGGAGGCCACGAACCGGAAAGCUACAGCACUUACACGGUGAAUCAGCAAGGGCACGAUCAAGAUGGACAGGGAGGACACUUCCAACCCUCUCAACCUGAUUAUAAUUCGCAUCAUUGAAUGCUCUUUGCAAUUUCAGUUGUACAUACGCUGUACUAUUAUGCCUGAUUCGUUAAGUUUCUGUUUGUAGUUUGUUCUUGUUG